AUUGAAGGCAGCACAAUUCAGCCGCGCCUCUUCUCCACUCCCCGGGCUCAGGUAACUUUCUCCCGGCUCCGUUCUUCCGUGUCUGCCAUCCCUUUCCUCCCAGCCAGGUGGGCUAACAGGACGGACACCAGCCAUGGCCGAAUCCCAAAUCUUGUGCAUGGAGGACGGCCACAUCGGCGUCCAGGUGCCCGAGACCCGGCCGGAGUUCUACUACAGCGAGGAGCAGCGCGCCGCCGUCGAGGAGCUCCUCAAGAACGGCGACGGCGCCUUCAAAAUGCGACUCAAGGACGACAACAUGAAAGACUUUUUAUCCGCUCGAGAGGUUAAAAUAUUGAACAGCAACUUUAAACACUACGACGAAGCCGGGGACGGGGACGGCGACAAGGAGGCGGCGUCGUCUCCGUCGUCGGACUCGGGGGUUCACUCCACUUACUGGCCGCAGAUGUCCGACACCGAGGUGCCGUCGCUGGACAUUGGCUGGCCCAACUGGGGCUUCUUCAAGGGGGUGACCCGGGUGGCGGUCCACACGCACCCGCCCAAGGACAACGGGCCCCAUAUUAAGGAGGUGGUGCGCAGGCUCAUCCAGGGGGCCAGCAAGGUGAUCGCCAUCGUGAUGGACCUUCUGACGGACCUCCAGAUCCUGCAGGACCUGAUGGACGCCGCCUGGCGGCGCUCAGUGCCCAUCUACAUCCUGCUGGACCACAACGGCGUGCCACACUUCCUGGAUAUGUGCUCUCGGCUACAGAUUGGCGCCCAGCACCUGCGAAACAUUCGUGCCAGAACGCUCAGGGGGGUGGGCUUCAACUUGUCAUUUGGCAGACUUCCUGGGUCCAUGUGCUCCAAGUACAUGCUAGUGGAUGGAGACAAAGUGGUCUUUGGAUCUUACAGUUUCUCGUGGUGCACGUCGCGCAUGGACCGCAACACCAUCACGGUGAUGACAGGCCAGGUGGUGGAGUUCUUCGACCAGGACUUCCGUGAGCUCUACGCCGUAUCAGAGAAGCUGGACCUCUUUCGCGAGUUCCACGUGACGCCGCCGGCCGUCAAGAGCACCAGCGUGCACUAUAAGGUGGGCCCCAAGCGCCCCCCACUGCCCGCCACCACGUCACGCUUCCAAGUCAGCCUGGGCGACGCCCGAAAAGGCAACAUCGAGGUCCCCGCUCACAAGUACUACAACCCCAAGUACUUCCUCUUGUUUCCGGAUGCCCCUCACCCAGCCAGGUCCCUGCAAGGCCCCACUAGACCAUCAGAGCUCUUGCGGCUUACCGAGCCCCCUGAUCAGGUCACCAGUAGCGAGAAGCUGGACCGCCUCAGCCCGCUGCCCUCACAAGCCCCCGUGGAAUUCUUCAAGAAGCCCAACGGCGUUCCACAGGAGAAGAAGAGACUGACGCUGAAGCAGAGGAUCUCCAAGAGGCUGUCAUCCAGCAAGCUGUCCGUCAACAGCGGGAGGUCCAGCCCCGCCUCCACGUUGUCCACAGAACAACUGGAGAGCCGGGACCACCUCGAGGUCAGGGUCAAGUCGCCCCCCAACAAGCUCAAGCUCCUCAAGAGGCCAUCCACGCUCGGGCCGCGGGCGGACUCGGUGCAGACGGUCGACACCACGCAAGACGACACCAUAAGUUUGAAGAGUCAGCGUCGAUCGAAACAAGUGUGCAAAGUGUCCUGAGGUCUCGUUCUGGACCAGAAUUGCAUUUUAAAUAUUUUAAACAGUUUACAAGCACUAAAAUCACUUUUGUUGGCGUGUUUAACCAAAGACUCAGGUCAGACUUCCUGCUGCUCACAGGAAGUAAGCUUGCUAGUUGAAGAGAUGACCAAGCAAAGUAGGUAUUAAGACCCAAAGACUAGUGCCUUCAUACUUGUAGAAAAAAUAAAAUUACUUUUAUUAUUUCA